AGGAAGUGACAGUGUCGGAGUACCCACGAGUCAUCACGGCUCUGGCAGACAUAGUGGCUCAGAACCCGCGUUCGAAAUGCAGACGAACAGUGUCAACGCUGGUCACACAGGGCCGACGAGCCCGAUAACUCCUACGACUGUGCAUGGAGCCAGCAAUACGGAAGGACAAGUCGCUGGAGGCACCAACAUGCUUGGAACCACGAACCGAAACACGUUCGUACCCACUCCCUCUGGACAGCACGAAAGCGGGUAUAGUGGUGAGGAGAGAGCAAACAUGAUUUAAUGCAUGGUCCGAUGUUGAUGUUCCAGGAGUUGUCCAGGGGACUGAGUAAUGCGGGGUGAGGUCAGUGAAGUGGAAAAGUGGUACGAGAGCAAAAGCUGGGGUUAAAGGAGAUUAAUUAUAAUGAGCGAGCUGUCAUUCGUCGACGAUCAAUUCCAC